AUGUCUUUUGUACCACCUCCAGCAUCAUCCACCACUCACGCUCAACGGGAAGUUGAGCUCACUCUCUUACGUUUUUUAGAGAAAUACCGGCCGGAGGUCUGCGAUCUUUGGGGUACGCACUCUAACAUCUAUUUGCAUGCCGAUUCCAAUGAGAAAGAAGAGGAAAUGUGUACUAUAGACAACGAGGAGGGGAUUGUACAUUCUCUCAACCGAGAGAGCCACGAAAAGUACCUGAAGAGUCGGUUGGUAAAGCUUCCUGAGUAUGCGCAACGGCUGUACAACGCGCAGCCGUGGAUGGUUUACUGGACGUUGCAGGCUGCUGAGAUGCUCGGAAUCACAGAGAAAUUGUAUGAGCAGAUAUCUCAAGACGCAUUAGGGGAGUUCAUACUCAGCUGCUUGCAGGAACAACCUGUUGAAGAUGAGCAGAAGGGUUGUUGGGGAAGUGAAGAAGGGGGAAAGCACGGAAAGGGAAGCAUGCCUCAGCAAUGUGGCAAUGUGUAUGAUUUUCUCCGUCGGUGCGAUGCUGAUCAUACGUGUGCUAUUGGGUUCUCCGGGGGAAACUAUGGACAGAUUCCGCAUUUGGCUACAUCGUACGCGGGAGUUUGCUCGCUCUGCAUCCUGGAAUGUCCAGAAUACCUUCAGGCUCUUCCACGUUCCGCCAUUAAGCGCUGGUUGCUCUCACUUCGCUGUGCCGACGGCAGUUUCCGCAUGCACAUAGGCGGGGAGGCGGAUAUUCGCGCAUCAUAUUGUGUCGCGGUUAUUACCACAUUACUACAGCUCCAGGACGUGGAUGCAAGUAGUGGAGAUAUUCUGAGAGAGCAGGAGGCGCAAUUCGUAGCUUCGUGUCAGACACACGAGGGCGGAUUUGCGUGCGGGAGGUUUGCCAGCGAAGCGCACGGGGCCUACACUCAAUGCGGGUUAGCUGCCCUGAUUUUGAUGAAGAGACCAGAGUUAUGCAAUUAUACGGCGUUGAGAGGAUGGCUAGCGGCGCGUCAACUGCGUUUUGAAGGUGGUUUUAACGGAAGAACAAAUAAACUGGUGGACUCUUGCUACGCCCACUGGGUGGGCGCAUCACACGUGUUACUGCGUGUUGGUGAGAGCCUUGCUAAAAUAACGACUUGUGGUGAAACGAAACGCAGCUUAACAUCACGGGAAAUGCUUUUGCUCGACCACGCGCAGUUGGUCGACAUCUCAAACUUACAUCCAGAGAGUUUUGAGGCAUGGUCCCAACAUGAGGAAGAAAAACAGGAACGAGCCAGCCGUGUGGAAGCGUACCUUAGCGCUACACCACUUGCAGCGUCGUGGUCAUCAUCAGGUGUACCUAACGUUUUGGACGACGAUGCGGGCGACUUUUACUUCAAUCAGAGGCGGCUACAACUUUACAUUUUGGCGUGCUGCCAAAACAGGGAAGAAGGUGGGUUGAUGGAUAAACCGAACUAUCCCAAUGAUUUUUAUCACACUUGUUAUUCACUUUCAGGGAUGAGCUCCGCGCAAAAUCUGCAAGGCAUGCAAGUCAACAGAGACGGCCGUGACUUGAGUGGGAACUCAUUUUAUGCAGCUGCGGUCUCACGGGGUUAUAUUCCUGGGCGGAGGGACAGUUAUGGAAUUGUCCUCCCUUCAGAUGAACGUAGUGGUGUUAGUAGUGAGUUGCACCUGAGCAAGAACUGUCUUCGCCCUACAAACCCCAUUUUCAACAUCAACCAGUCAAAGGUUUUGUUUGCACUGCGUACUUGGGGCGCAAAGACUUUCAUGUGCUGA